UGUCACUUCACCCACCACGGUCCUCUGUUUUCCUCCCCAACAUUGACGUAGCAGCAGAUCAAGCAGGAGCUGCACCAGUAAAACGCCAAAACACCACGCGACGCGACACUCCUCGCCCCCGAGCCAGGACCCCAGAAAUCGUCUCCAAUGGGUCGGUCGGCUGAGCACGCCGGCAGCGGCGGCGCCGUGGACGGGCGGCUGGAGGCUCUGCUCUCCAGCACCGAAGGCAGCGGCGCGCGUCGCAUGGCGUCGGCGGCGGCGCUGGAGCUGCGUCUUCUGGCGCCGCUGGCCGCGCCUGCCGUGGCCGUGUACAUGCUGAUCAUCGUGAUGUCCUCCGCCACCCAGAUCUUCUGCGGGCAGCUCGGCAACGUCCAGCUCGCCGCCGCCUCCCUUGGCAACAACGGCAUCCAGGUCUUCGCCUACGGCCUAAUGCUGGGGAUGGGGAGCGCGGUGGAGACGCUGUGCGGGCAGGCGUACGGCGCCGAGAAGCACGAGAUGCUGGGGGUGUACCUGCAGCGGUCCACGGUGCUCCUGACGGCCACGGGGCUGCCUCUCGCCGCCAUGUACGCCUUCUCGGAGCCCAUCCUUCUGCUCCUGGGCCAGUCCCCGGAGAUCGCUGCCUCUGCCGCGAGGUUCGCCUACGGCCUCAUCCCGCAGAUCUUCGCCUACGCGGCAAACUUCCCCAUCCAGAAGUUCCUCCAGGCGCAGAGCAUCGUGGCGCCCAGCGCCUACAUCCUCGCCGCCAGCCUGGUCCUCCACGUGGCGCUGAGCUGGGUGGUGGUGGACCGGCUCGGGCUGGGCCUGCUGGGCGCGUCGCUGACGCUGAGCCUGACGUGGUGGGUCCUCGUGGCCGGGCAGUUCGCGUACAUCGUGAUGAGCCCCAGGUGCAGGGCCACGUGGACCGGGUUCACGUGGGCGGCCUUCGCUGACCUGGCUGGGUUUGCCAAGCUGUCUGCCGCGUCGGCCGUGAUGCUGGCGCUCGAGGUGUGGUACUUCCAGGUGCUCAUCCUCCUCGCCGGCAUGCUGCCCGACCCGCAGCUCGCCCUCGACUCACUCACCGUCUGCACCUCGAUCCAGUCAUGGGUGUUCAUGAUUUCAGUAGGCUUCAAUGCUGCAGCCAGCGUGAGGGUGGGGAAUGAACUGGGCGCCGGGAAUCCCAGAUCGGCGGCAUUCUCCGCGUGGGUGGUCACCGCCAUGUCCGCGCUCAUAGCAGUCGCUGCCGGUGCCCUCGUCUUCCUGCUCAGGGACAAGCUCAGCUACAUCUUCACCGGAGGCGAGGCCGUCUCGCGCGCCGUCGCCGAUCUCUGCCCUUUGCUCGUCGCCACCAUUGUGCUCUGCGGAAUCCAGCCCGUGCUAUCAGGUGUGGCUGUUGGGUGUGGGUGGCAAGCAUUGGUGGCAUACAUCAACAUUGGAUGCUACUACUUCAUCGGCGUGCCCCUUGGCGUACUCUUGGGAUUCAAAUUUGACUAUGGAAUUAAGGGACUGUGGGGAGGCAUGAUUGGAGGCACACUCAUCCAAACAAUUAUCCUGUUGUGGAUCACAUUCAGAACUGAUUGGAACAAGGAGGUCGAGGAAGCGAGGAGAAGACUAGACAAGUGGGACGAAGCAAAGCAGCCUCUUCUCGCUAACAUGCAGUAAACAUGCCAGGAGAAGAUGAAGGCUAUGUAUGCAGUAUGCUGCUUCAAGUUGGACAGAUCGUCGACCCUAAAUCUCAGUACCGUAACAUCUGCCACCGCUGACUGCAAUGAGAAAUCACCCUAAAUCUCAUCCAUGGUUAGGUUCAUAUCCCUCGAAUCCUUCACCCGGUUCUGAAAUCCUUAUAGGCUCCUAGCUAGCCUCAUGAUUCUUUCAGAUGAUGGUGCGGUUGUAUCCCUGCCUAACUAUGCAUGCUACUCGUUGGUGCAAAUGGUCAUUAAGAUCAAUUAAAAAUUCAUUUUUUUAAA